CAGCUAACGUAGGCUAGCGCCGGUGUCCCGUGACAAUUGGUUAAUCGAGUCCAGAUACGUCGAUGAGCAAGCGAUCGAUUUCGCAGCCGGGUGUUAAACUUCCUGCGCUGCCUCCCCACUUCCUUUCCGCUGAACGUCAGCCAUGGCCCCGACAAAGAAGCCGCUGGUCAAGAGACAAGGGGGCAAGAGGAAGAAGCAGAUCCUGAAGUUCACCCUGGACUGCACCCACCCGGUGGAGGAUGGCAUCAUGGAUGCUGCCAACUUUGAGCAGUUCCUGCAGGAGCGCAUCAAGGUGAACGGCAAAGCUGGAACCCUCGGCGGCGGCGUGGUGUCCAUCGACAGGAGCAAGAGCAAGAUUGCCGUGAACUCCGAGGUUCCCUUCUCCAAGAGGUACCUGAAGUAUUUGACCAAGAAGUACCUGAAGAAGAACAACCUGAGGGACUGGCUGCGCGUCGUGGCCAACACCAAGGAGAGCUACGAGCUGCGCUACUUCCAGAUCAACCAGGACGAGGAGGAGGAGGAGGAAGAUUAAAACACCAAUCCACUUUUAAUAAAGAUUCUUAAGAGAG